AUGUGCAGAGCUCUUCGUGCCAAGAACAAAUUUGGUUUCAUUAAUGGAACCUUGACCAAACCAACAGACCUUACUGACCCUCUCUAUGAUGCUUGGGAGAGAUGCAAUGACUUGGUAGUCUCCUGGCUUCACAAUUCCAUUAACCCAACCCUCAAAUCCAGUAUUGCAUUAGUGGAUAAUGCACAACAAAUCUGGACUGAACUCAAAGACAGAUUCACUCAACAAAAUGGGCAUCGAAUUUUCCAGCUCAAAAAGGCUCUCACAGGUUUGCAACAAGACACUGAUUCAGUUAGUGUUUAUUUUGGAAAACUCAAAACCAUUUGGGAUGAACUCAUCAUCUAUGAUCCUAUGCCUAAUUGUUCUUGUGGCAAACUUGUUGUACUUCUUGAUAGAUAUAAAAGGGAUUGUGUAAUACAAUUCCUCAUGGGCUUAAAUGAUUCUUAUAACAUUACCCGUGACCAAAUCAUGUUGCUAGAUCCCUUGCCUCCCAUAAACAAAAAAUUUUCUAUGAUUCAACAACAAGAAAUGCACCAUCUAGUCCUUCAUGGCCAACCUUCAGCUGAUUCAAUGGCCCUUGUUGUGAAUCAGCCAUACCCACCUUAUAAGCCAUUUUCCAGACCAACCCAGCCUCCCAAACGUGACAGACCCUUUUGCACUCACUACAAAAUUCAAGGUCAUACUCUGGACAACUGCUUCAAAGUAAGAAAUGCUCAAGCACCUAUUUGCAAACACUGUCAUUUGAAAGGACAUCUAGCAGACAAGUGCUACAAAGUGCAUGGUUAUCCACCUGGGCAUAAAUCCCUUUCUUGGUUAUCCUUUUGGGGUAAAAGGCUACAAGCUGCUAGAUCUCAACUCUAA